GUAACGUGUGCAUCUGCUUGUGUGGUUGAGGAUGCACUUCGACGAUGUGACGCUGGAGGUGUUUCCGUGUGCUCGUUUGGCAGUGAUGUUAGAGUCAUAAGCUCAUUCGGUGACCAAAUGAUGCUUGGGCCAGAAUUGUUGCAAAAGCUCUCUUUCGACCAAUCAUCUACUGAUCUAGUCCUGCUUUUGAAACAUGCUAAGCAAAUGCUCUACAAUGUGAGAACACCAACUAGUGAGCAACUACUUAUAAUUAUCUCAGACGGACGAGGAGCACUGGCGCAAGGAGCGGACAAGAUCAAGACCGCUUUGUCGGCACUCCAAGGUGUAACCGUCCUGUUUGUUAUAUUAGAUUCUGGCCCAAAAUCAAUCACUGAUCUGUCGGUAGCUUCUUUCCAAGGAGGAGAUGUGACGUUGACACCCUACUUGGCUGUCUUCCCUUUCCCAUUCUACACUAUUAUCAAGAAAAUUAGCCAAUUGCCUCCCGUUCUAACGGAAUCUAUACGGCAGUGGUUUGAGAUGACGGUACGUACUAAUUCUAUCUAA